AAAAAAAAAAUUAAGAAUAAAAGAACAAAAGAAAAGAACAAGAACAACAUGCUUAUAAUCGGCCUUACCGGCUCAAUCGCCACAGGCAAAUCCACCGUCUCCUCCAUCCUCUCCUCCCCUCCCUACGCUCUCCCCAUUGUCGACACCGAUCUUCUCGCCCGCAAGGUCGUCGAACCAGGUACAUCCGGCUACAAUGCAAUCGUCAGCUACUUCGGCCCCAGCACGCCGGAUCUCCUUCUCCCGCCAUCACCGGAGGACGCCAGCGGGAGUCGACGCGCCCUGAACCGCCCCGCGCUGGGACGCCGAGUCUUCGGAACAACAGAGGAGCGGAAACGCGACCGGACGAUCCUGAACAAGAUCGUGCAUCCCGCUGUGCGGUGGGAAGUCUACAAGGCGCUCCUCUACUACUACCUGCGCGGGCAUUGGGCGGUGGUGCUCGAUGUGCCGCUGCUGUUUGAGUCCGGGAUGGAUCUGAUCUGCGGGACGGUGGUUGUGGUGGGGGUUUCGGAUCCCGCGGUGCAGAUGGCGAGGUUGAGGGCGAGGGAUACACAUCUCACGGCUGAGGAUGCGGAGAACCGGGUGAGGAGUCAAGGGGAUGUGAAGGGGAAGGUGGAGAAGGCGGAGUUUCGGGGCACCGCGGAUGCGCGCGGCGUGAUUGUUUGGAAUGAUGGCGAUCGGGUGGAUCUGGAGCGCGAGGUCCAAAGGGCUGUUCAGACGAUCGGGGGGUCCAGUCCGAAGUGGUGGGCUUGGGUGUUGUUGUUGGCGCCGCCGCUGGGGGUUGGUGUUGCGGCGUGGAAUUUGGCGGUUAAUUAUUCGACACGGAGGAGGUGGGAGAGGAAAGCGGCGGCCGAGAAGGCAAAGCUGUAGUAGUAGGAGGAGUAGGAGUAGUAAUAACGUACUAAUCUAUUUCUUACAAACUUCCAGUACCUUUUGAGUUCUGCUGUUUGAUAUCACAAAAGGGGGAGGCGAGUUUCAAGUCUCGGAAUAGGGUCAUGGGAACUUAGAUCAGAAUGUCUCUGCUCUGGUUUCCUAAUUUAUUCGAGUAUCACAACUUCCCCCCCCCCCUUUGAUCCACCACGACCCAAUCGGGAUAGCACGACCUUUAAUUAUAAAUGCCACUUUUCAUCUUUUUAACUUUGAACUCUGUCUAGCUGCGAGGAUAGAGGUUGAUUCCAGUCCCAAGCAUUGAAUGCUUGUCCGAGAUGUUCUUCUGUCUCUGCGGUACCUCAUACCUCGUUGAAGGACUACAUACAGAAAACCCUCGUCCGGUGCAUUCGACACCACAACGGCUUGAGACCUCGCGCGCCCCGCUUCCAAUGCAGUUUCGUCCACAGCCGGCGAGAGAUGAUCUAGAAAUGAGAGACUA